AUGGAAGAAGAAUGUUUUAACCCACUCAUAGCUCUAUUAGUUGUUUUGUUUGGUUCUACAACGUGGCUAGGCGUCAAUGCGUUUUGGGUGGAGGUCAGUAUUCAUACUCAAACGCUGCCUGAAGGAUGGAAUCUCGGCUCUAUUAUAACAAUUAUUAUUCAGGUAAAUUACGCUCAAAUCAUUUUUCGUAUUAAAGUAAACUAGUAUAUGUAAGAUAACAUAUUGUAGUAUAUAGUAUUAUGUUUUAUAAAAGGUCAUGAAAUAUAGCUCAAGACUUUUUAUACACUUUAAUAUAUAAAGGAAGAUCUACCAUUUCUUAACUCUAUAAAUUAAAAGACAUGUAUGAUAUACUACUAUAAUAACUGGUGUAAGCUAAAGCUGCCAUACUUGCAGUUUUUUAUAGAUCUCAGCAAUUCCCUCGCUGUUUUACAUAUUUUUACAAUACAAAGGCAGAAUCACGAUCUCAGCUGCACCAAUUAUCAUAACUGCACUAUUAAUAGUGUCUACAGUAACCCUUUUUAUUGGGAUUUUUAAUGAUGUUACAGUAUACAUUGCUGGAGCACAACGAUCGAUUGUAAUCUACAUUGGGAUAUUCUUCGUUGGAGUUGUGUCUGUCUUAUCUGAUGUGUUAUUUAUGCCUUAUAUGAGAAAUUUGCCUAAAAUGUACUUUAAUUCGUUUUUUGUUGGUAUGGGUAUGAGUGCACUGGUGCCGAGUAUUUUCAGCAUUAUUCAAGGUAAGAUUGGAUAACGUUGAAAUAUGGUAUAAUUGGCUAAGGCAGGGUAGAAGUGGUGUUCAGGGAAGAGUUGGGUUCAGUAUGAUGGGACGGGGUAAAAGUAAUAUCAGACAGAGUUAGGUUGAGUAUGAUAGAGUAAGCUAGGAUAUCGUAAGAGUAGGGUUAAGACACAUCACGAUUUAGUAAGAUAAGUGUUUGGUGCGGUAGGUAAAGAAAGGUAAAGCAAGGUAGGAUCGUUCAUACAAUAAAAAUUCUAAAUUUUAGACGCCCACUCUUAUGAAUGUGUACAUAUUCCUAACACUUUUCCUCCGCAAUUUGAAGCCGAGUAUGUCAAUCUCAAAUUUGGUGUUACAACCUACUACACAUUGGUAUUUAUAUGGUACUUGAUUGGACUUUUUGCUUUUCUAACCAUACAUUGGUUCCAAAACUUCAUUUAUAAUGCUUGGCCGAAAAGCUUUACAUGGAGUGUUAAGGAUGUUGCAGUAGCUCCUGCUGUACUUGAUGAGAAAACUGAAAAAACAUGGAAUGGAAUCACAGACGUGGUAUUAUUGUGUAUGAUAGCUAUUGUAAAUGGCAGUCUCAAUGGUUUAAUGCCUAGUAUUGCAUCGUUUGUCACUUUGCCGUAUUCUCCGGUAAUGCUGAGUUUUGCUUUCUGUAGUGUCAGAUUUAAAAAAAAAAUUGGUUUUUAGCUGUUUUAUAAUACUAUUAAUUACUGCUAAAUUUCAACACUAAUAUCUUUUAAAUAUGAGAAAAAUUGCAAUACCUACAACAAUAUGUUGUUUUAGAACACCUAUUCAUGGUCAUUAACAAUAUGUGCAAUUUUUCAACCGGUCGGAUCGUUUGUGUCAUUUUUUUUAAAAGCUAGAAAUGUUAAAGUUAUGAUAGCAACUUGUACAGUAACAGUGGUGGCAGUUGCUUUGUGUAUUAUACUUGCAUUUCAAAGCCCAAAUCCGUGGCUUGUCAAUUCUUCUAUUGGCAGUGCUUUUGCGGUAUGUUAUGAUAAUUAUAAAUGAGCCAAAGAAUUUGCUAUAAAAACAAAUAGGUUAGCUUUCCAAUAGCUACAAGGCAAGAGGAGUUUAGUUUUUGAACCCUCAAAUGAAAAAGAAAGCAAGAAGCACCGCCUAACCGGUUCUUUCUAUGACUUUUCCUUCUGGCUUUAGCUACUGUACUAAUAUUAUAACACAAAUUACUUUAUACACACUAUACAAUUACAUGACAACGUAAUUUACAGAUUGUUGCAACAACUUCAGUCUACGGUUUCGGCUGUUACACCAGAACCGUGGUAUUUGAACACGUACGAGAAACCUCCCCAAACGAAAAAUCAAAACACCAACGGCUAAUGUACGCAGGUUUAGCUGCUCAAGCUGGGACGCUUAUUGUCACAAGCUUUGUCUUUCCUAUUAUCAAUGUGUUUCACUUGCUCAAAAGUGUACCUUCUUGUUAG